AUGGUAAACCCACCUGUGGAUGUCGGUGGAUUGUCAUGGUGGGCGCCGUCUUCUCCUCCGCCUUUGCCCAACGAGCUGGUCAAUCAACAUUUCCAAAACUACAUGCCGAUUUUACCCGCUGGUCCUCUACCGCCCGGGGCUGUUUAUGACGACAAUUUGAAUGUCACUCUCACUGAAACAGCCACUAAGCGUCGCAAACUAACGAACGAUGAACGCCGUCAAAUGUGCAUAGAUGCUGAGGAGAACCCAACCAUGAGACAAACUCAAAUCGGAGCCAAGUACAAUGUAGAAAGAAGCACUGUGUCCAAAAUCUUGAGGCAGAAGGACAAGUACAUCAACCUCAAUUCAGGAGUGGACGGCUCCAGCCCUGAGAAGAAGCCAACAGCCAAGGUAUCUCCUGUUGAACAGAAGCCAACAGCCAAGGCACUCCGUGUCAAGAACACAUUGAUCAAUUGGGUGAGAGCCAGCCAGGAAAAGGGCACACCGAUCUCCGAUGAGGACCUCGAGGAGAGAGCCGGUGCUUUCUGCUCUGCUCUUAACGAUAAAUCGUUCGUAGCAAGUGCGGACUGGUUGGAGAAGUUCAAGAGCGAACACGGUUUAACGGCUCCCCAGGGCGACAAUGAUUCGACAUCCAGAAACACAAGUCCGGCUUUCCAGCCCCAGACUCUGGCGAAGACC